AUGACUCUGACCCUCGACGGGGCUAGCGUUAACGACACUCUAUGUGCUGGCCUUGCACGCAUCCUUGCUGAAAAAUUUGAUAUUCAGUUUGGGCCGGCAAACUCACGAAUCUUUUGCCUUGCCCACGUCGUCAAUCUUGUUGUGCAGAAGAUCCUGAAUGUAUUCAAUGAGGCCGACGACCCAGAUCUCGAAGAUUACCACAAUCACAGCAAGAGCUUUCCUGUUCAUUACAACGCUGAGGAUGAUCCAAGCCUGACGGAACUGGAGGCAGAGCCAGCUCCAGAUGGACCGGUCGACACAGCAGAGGAAGAUGCUGAUGUAGAUAUGAUGAAUGAGAUGGCCGAUGAGCUCCGAGCCCUGUCUGCGCUACGGCGACUGCGCUUUGUAUGCAUCAAGAUCUGCUCUUCACCGCAACGGCGUGCACGCUUCCGGGUGAUUGCACAGACAAAGUACCCGACCACGAAGAACUCAAAAGGUGUUCGUCUUGCAUUGCUCAUGGUCAUUCGGGACGCUAUUGACGCAUGGGUGUUUGAUCGGCGUGAGCUCCGCUCUCUGAUGCUCAAUAACGCCGAUUGGGAUCUACUGGAGGCCCUAGGUAACCUGCUGAAGCCAUUUACGUCGGUUACCCUCCAGAUGUCCAAACGAUCCACUCCGACACUUCCCUGGGUCUUACCAAUGUACGACAUCAUGUCAUCCCAUCUGGAGGAUGCGCGCGACAAUUCAUCAUACCCCGAAGUUCUUCGGACCGCGGCUGACGCAGGUUUGACUAAGCUCAAUGAGUACUAUCCCAAGGCCCAGGAGAAUCAGUUCAAUGUCAUUGCCACAUUGCUUCAUCCAUCGCUGGCUGCUGGAUUCUUUGCCAGCGUUGAUGCUCAGCACAAGGCAAAGGGACGGCCAGCAAGUAACAUGCUGGAGAAGGCCACCAUUCUAUUCACUCACGCUUUCGAGAGCUACAAACGCGAAUACGAUAACGAAAAGGCUCACUCAGCUCAAACCGCUGUGCUACCACCUGCCAUCAACCCGACCAGCAUCACAAUGGCGGCAUCAUCCAAUGCACGUUCUUCCCAGAGGAGCAAGAACAAGCUUGAGGACUUUUGGCAUGCGGUCGAAGACUACGGAGCAGGGGAGGAGCAGUCUCCCUUGACAUGGUGGAAGGAUCACGGCUCAAAUUUCCCAGUUGCCUCGCGCAUGGCGCGUGACUUCCUGGCUAUCCCAGGGACCAGUGUCUCGGUCGAGAGACUGUUUUCCCAGGCCCGUAAUGUAUGCCGCGAUACGCGCAGCUCGCUCAAGGCCGCGACGAUUAAGGAGGCCAUGUUGACCAAGCUUUGGAUCAAAGCAGGAUAUUUCGAUCUGUAG